AUGAUUGCUUCUUUCAGCUGCUGGGACGACAAAAGCAUCAGCCGGCGCCCCAGGCCGCUCGGUGGCUGUGCAGUGCGAGAGGGGGUGCGUGAGGCGCUAUGCGCCGGCUCCUCCUCGUCAGUCCGCCGGCAGCAGCACAGCCGCCCAGUUUACCAGGGACCAAGCCCCCAGUCACGUCUAGGUUACACUGCAGGAUCUGGGUCACUGGGACAGAGCUGGUAUGACAGGUGGAAACCAUGCCUUAUGUUGGCCUGCUGUGAUUUGCAUCCUAAACUGGAGCAAAGGCCAAGGUCAGGCCAAGGUCGAGACUGGGGCCAAGCAGAGGACUGGGUUGAAAAAAAUGAUGAGGACCAAAAGAUUGAACAAGAUGGCAUCAAACCAGAAGAUAAAGCUCAUAAGGCCGCGACCAAAAUUCAGGCUAGCUUCCGUGGACACAUAACGAGGAAAAAGCUCAAAGGAGAGAAGAAGGGUGAUGCCCCAGCCGCCGAGGCGGAGGCAAAUGAGAAGGAUGAAGCUGCCGUCGCCGAAGGCACGGAGAAGAAGGAGGGAGAAGGCUCCACUCCCGCGGAAGCCGGCCCCAAGCCCGAGGAGAAGACCGGCAAAGCCGGCGAAACUCCUUCCGAGGAGAAGAAGGGGGAGGGCGCCCCCGAUGCUGCCACAGAGCAGGCAGCCCCCCAGGCUCCUGCCCCCUCAGAGGAGAAGGCCGGCUCUGCUGAGACAGAAAGUGCCACUAAAGCUUCCACUGACAACUCGCCGUCCUCCAAGGCCGAAGAUGCGCCGGCCAAGGAGGAGCCUAAACAAGCCGACGUGCCUGCUGCUGUCACUGCUGCUGCCGCCACCACCCCUGCUGCAGAGGAUGCUGCUGCCAUGGCAACAGCCCAGCCUCCAACGGAGACUGCGGAGAGCAGCCAAGCCGAGGAGAAGAUAGAAGCUGUAGAUGAAACCAAACCUAAGGAAAGUGCCCGGCAGGAUGAGGGUAAAGGAGAAGAACGUGAGGCGGACCAAGAACAUGCCUGA